CCUUCACAAGCUCUUCACUCACUAUACACUAAACACUAAUAGCUAGCUUCAUAUCGCCACUCAUGGCUCUCUCUCCAAAACUCAUUUCCUUCUUUUUUCUCUUGAUGACUCCUUUCUUUGUGCAAAUUAAUGCUAGAGAUAGCCAAUUCUUUAGCAAGGUCUCUGGCACCACCACCACCACCACCACCGUCGUCAACCCAACCACUACCAUUAACAGCAAAGACACAACAUUUCCAAACAGAGAAGAAGAGAAAUUGAAAAAUCAAGAACAAGAACCCACUUUCAUGCCAGAAACCCAAAAUGGGUAUGGGUUAUAUGGUCAAGAGUCAGAUGAUCAAGAAUCCAACACCCAAUUCCCCACCACCACUAAAUUGGGAAAUGCACCCUACACCACCACCACCGGUUAUAGCCCAUACAAAACCCAAACCCAAGAAACCUACACCUAUUACCCCAACACUAACACCAACCCCAACGCCAACGCCAACUAUUACAGUAACGACCAAUACAACAACAAUGGAUAUGAAGAUCAGCAGCAGCAUGAAAACCUGGGGGAAACGAGCUUUCAAGAAAGAAGCUACACCCCUCUUUCUUACCAGAACAACGACAACAACAACAACUAUAACAGUUACAAUGGUGCAACUGGGUUUAACCAGGAAUCGACGAGGCAAGGAAUGAGCGACACCAGGUUCUUGGAAAAUGGAAAAUAUUACUAUGAUCCCAAGAAAGAGAAUAGGUAUCACCCAAAUCAGUUCCAGAAUUCAAAAAACAGUGUCAAUAAGUAUGAUACUUACUAUAAUAAUUAUAAUAAUGAGAAUACUUAUGGUUACAAUAAGUACUCCAUGGAAAACCAGCAAGAGAACUUCCAAGACAGCCAAGACGAGCAGUACGUGCCUUGAUCACUGUAGCUUUUUAAUUAAUUUUGGCUUAAUUUGUGAUCAUGGGUUGGUGUUGAAGAAAGUGAGAUCGGUUCAAUUACUAUAAUGGGUUGGUGUUACAAGGUUAAUUUAUAUAUGUUUAGUAGAAAAAGAUUGGAAAAUUACAUAAACUGAUUUAUUGUGGUAUUAUUCUUCUUGUUAUAAUUAUCUUGUGAUCUUUGUUUAAUAUUUGCUUUUAAAAAUUAAGGUAAUAUGCUUUUCUUUUCUU